CAUACAACAAGGAAAUUCAUAUUCCGUAAGCUCGUGUGCGUAUUUGUUAAAAUGAUGAACAUAACAUUAAGGAAAAAUAGCUCAUCGAGUCUAAUGACCAAGAAACUACCGCCGGAUACUUGCAAUAGGCCAACUCGUGUAUUUCCAUCAUUGAAUCGUGAAAGCCAAUAGCGUGAGCAUCGAGCUAAAGAUCUGGCCACCGCAUCCCCUGGCUCACGGCUCAGCGUCCCCACUCUCCGGGACAGACGUCGUCGACGUUUGCUGGGCCCCGUCGGCUCCUUGGCAGUCUGGUCGCGAGUGCGCACGCGCACGGAACGACUUGAGCGCAAAUCGCGCGUUCUAUCCCGUUGCCGAUUCCCACUGCUGCCGAUUACGGGCUGAGCCACCGUCGCAAUGAAAGGCGCACUGAGCCCCAUGUGGAGGGUCGCGCGCAGGACCCUGCAGGUUCGGGACCUGCACCUAGGGUCGGCGCUGUACCAGGGCCACCUGCCGCUGAGCUUCCUCACGGAGGACGAGCAGAUGAUGAAGGCCACGGUCGCGAAGCUCGCCCGCGAGGAGAUCCAGCCCCUGGUGCGCAAGAUGGAGAAGGAGAACAGGAUCGACAGGGGCCUCCUGCGGAAGCUCUUCGAGAACGGCCUCAUGGGGUUGGAGGUGCCCGUGGAGUACGAGGGGACGGGAUGCAGCUUCCUCACAACCAUCCUCGCCGUGGAAGAAGUUUCCAAGGUCGACGGGGCCGUAGGCGCCCUGGUUGAUGUUCAUAAUACUCUUGUCAACUCACUUAUUAAAAAGGUAGCAAACGAGGAGCAGAAGAAGAAGUACCUGCCGAAAUUAUCGAACGAAUACGCGGGAAGUUUUUGUCUGACGGAGCCGAGCUCUGGUUCGGACGCUUUCGGUUUGAAGACCAUUGCCAAGAAGGACGGCUCGGACUAUAUCAUUAAUGGCUCAAAAAUGUGGAUUACGAAUUCCGAUAUCGCAGGCGUAUUCUUGGUGUUCGCUAACGCUGAUCCUUCGGCCGGCUAUCGAGGUAUCACCACUUUCUUCGUGGAGCGCGAGAUGUCCGGCCUUACCGUUGCCAAGCCCGAGGAUAAACUAGGUAUCAAAGCGUCCGGCACCUGCAUGGUGCACUUUGAGAAUGUGCGUGUACCGGAAAGCAACAUCCUUGGGGAGUUCGGCAAAGGCUAUCAGUACGCGGCUGGUUUCCUUAAUGAGGGUCGUGUCGGCAUCGGUGCACAGAUGAUCGGCAUCGCCCAGGGCGCUCUUGACGCAACGAUACCCUAUACCCUUGAGAGAAAGCAAUUCGGCAAGCAGAUAUUCGAGUUCCAGUCAAUGCAACACCAAAUUGCACACGCAGUGACAGAAGUGGAAUGUGCGAGGCUUCUAGUGUAUAACGCAGCGAGACUCGUGGAAGCGAAAAAGGAUGUGAAGAAGGAGGCGGCUAUGGCAAAGUACUACGCCUCGGAAGUGGCUCAACGGGUUACAUCCAAAUGCGUUGAUUUUAUGGGCGGCGUUGGAUUCACUACCGACUAUCCGCAAGAAAAGUUUUAUCGGGAUAGUAAAAUCGGUACAAUUUACGAGGGUACAAGCAAUAUGCAACUCUCGACCAUUGCUAAGGCCAUUAAAAAGGAAUACACCUAAGGAGAUUGAAAAUUACACAACUCAUUUAUUUUGCGUUUACCAUGUCUUUUUCUUUUUUUUCUUUUUUAUUUUGAUAUGUUUUUAGAUGUAUAAAAGUGCGUUAUUUUAUUUAGAAUUAU